UGCUUUCUGUUUGAUUCGAAUCAUCAUGACGAUGCCCACGUAAUGUCGGACAUCAACCGAUGGACGGAAGCUCGUGUCACCGCUAACAGUCAUGAAAAUCUUGGUCGUACUCGGCGUACUUGCGAUACAGUGCGCCGCUGCUAAAUCAUGGAACAGCGACGGUUAUUUGGAGGAAUCCUUCUCCUUUUUUGGUUGGUUCAACUACUUGAAACGUCUCUCGAUAAUAGCGUUACUGCUAUCAGCGGUGAUUCUUUAUUAUAUUCCAGAAUCUCGUCCAUAUGCGCGCAGAAUUUGUUACACUAUAAUUGACAUCACGGCUAGUUCUUUGAAAUCGGCGCUCAGCACUUGCGAAAGCGACGAUGUGUAUGAAACCAUCAAAUCGAAAUAUCAUCGUGCAAAAUACGAACGAUCCUCGAACCGGCGUUCGCGAGAAGGUCCAGGUUAUGAAAACUUCAAUCGCGCGCUUGAUUGCAACUCGAAGCUGAAAAUGAGUAUGGACGACGAUGGAUUACAUGAAAUGCGGGAGAAAAAGAAAUUGCUAAAGAAGCAAAGCAAAGAUAGUCGGCAAUCACGUCAUUACCAACGAAACAGCUUCAAUAAAAAGGAUUCUGACCUUUGCGUGGAAACGCAACCGUCUUAUUUUUAUACCGACCGAGUGGGCGAUUUUUCGAAGCCCGUAAAGUCGAAUUUACGUGGUCUGAAUAGCUGCAAUGAAUCGACCGAAAAUUAUGCACUUUUAAUCAGCGGCAGUCCACGUCAAAUGGCUGCGCUCGAUCAAAAAUAUGAAAAAGGAGACGUCGUUCUCGUUCAGGAUCCGUACUGUAAAAUGGAAUACAAGGACUGCGGCACAUCGACUGACAGACUAUCUACGAAAACGGAAGCUUCGUUCUCGGAACCAGAGGGACCAACGAGGGAUGACAAUAACCACGCAGAAUCAAGAAUGGAAACAUACGUUAAAGACGUUGAUCUGACUUUUAUACCGGAAGCCAAGGCUUCAAGACAUUUCGAUUAUACGAGGUUGUAUGAAACGAGUUCACAUCAGUGCGGGGGUGGAUGUUAUGGCAGCAAUGGGUGCUCGAUAUCGUAUGCAGAAAUAAAUAAGGAGGAUUCUAACCCAGAAUUGGCACACGAAAUUAAAAACGUAUUAAAAUCAUCGAAGAGCCUAACGAACCCAAAGUCCCAUGAAAAGAUGGAAGAAACCUGUACGAUCCAUGGUGGUCACAGUCGUACAAUGAAAUCAAGUAAUAUGACCAACGAUCGAAGAGUAAAUUUUCAAAACCAGGAUGAGAUAAUGACACAGAAAGACGAAGAACCUACAGUCCCGCGCAAUACUGCAUCGUCAAGAUGUGUCCAUAAGAAAAAGAUAGCGAACCUCCGGCAUAUUGACGUUUCUUAUUUGACGGAUCGCGGAGGCGAAGCUGAUGACGAAAACUCUCAAGUUGGAGGAUGUCGAAGCGCGAUAUACGAUUUCGACGAGACGCCUCAGAGGGAGAAUCACGUAUAUAAAACCUAUUCGGAUGACUCGAUCUUCGACCCCGACGACAUUUAUACAAGGCCUAUCCUGAAGAAUCGAUUCAAGCCUGCCUUAUUACGUGCGGUAAAUUGGAUCUUCGGAGGUUGCCCUCACGCGUCGAAGUGCAGCAACGUGGUCGGAAAGGAAGAACACGAAGAGAUCACCGACGAGUGGCUCCUCUAGCCUAACGAUGCCAGACUCGUGGCAGCCGAUACACGACGCGUCGGCAACCUUAGACAUCUGCCGUAUCGAAACGUUCCGACCGAGAAUUCCGAAAAGCAGCUCCGUCAACCGGCUAAAAAAUCAAUUUACGCCUUAGAAUCGCCAAAUAAAUCAGAAACGUUCCCGCGACUG